CCUCUCAUACACAGUUGCUUUGUUGUGAAUCAAGCAGCGGCUCCGCUCUGCACGUAGCCUAUCACCAGAAGGUUAUGACUAGGUUAUUCCGGCUGAGACUGCAGCAGGAUUCAUUCACAGAGGGAACAGAGAAAGCGUCGCUCUGCUGCAGCAGAAACGGCUCAGCUGAGAGCGUUUCUGCACGCUGCGCGUUUCUGCAGCCAUCUUUUGUUUCCUCCAUCUGUGCAGCGUCAAGGACGCAGAUAGCAGGGCGAUACGAGGAUCCAUGAGACACGCUCUGAGGAGGAAAUCUCUUCAGUAUCACGGUUGUGUGCUGCCAUGGACGCCGGCAGGCUGGAGCAGCAGGUGGCCAGUGUGGAGAGAGGCAUCGCCUUCCUGAAGCAGGAGCACCUAGCCAUGCUGACAGGCCUGCAGCUGGAGAUCACACACCUGAAGAGGCGCUGCCACGAGCUGAGCUGUGAGCUGGACUCCAGGUUUCCUGACAGAAGCACAGAAGAGGAGGAGGCGGAGCUUGCAGCCCGCUGCGAGGCCGCAGUGCGUCUCCUCGAGGACCAGCAGUGCAUGAUGGUCGCUGCACGCGGGGAGCUCCGGGCCGGCCGGGCGCGGGCGUCCGCACUGGGACGGAACCUCAGGGAGGAGGAGCGGCAUUUCCUGGAGGAGCUGAAACGCCGCAGCCAUAAGAUCACGCUGCUGAGCCGUGAGCUGCAACGCCAAAACGUCACCACGACCACCCUCUGCCAUGAGCUGCACGCCGCACGCUUAAAACUGUUCCAGCAACGGCAGAGCACCGAGUCUGGUGCAGAGGGUGAGGAGGAGCCCAGAGGUAAGGAGGAGGAGGAGGAAGAGGAUGAUGAAGAUGAUGAUUAUGAAGGAGAGGGGUCAGACUGGCUUCUGUCUCCACCUCCCCCGGUAUCCCCCAGCCAAUCAGACACCAGACACAAGAGGCGUGUCACCGUGCGGGAGGAGAGGGUCAGAGCAUGCGUCCCCCAGGAGAGAGUGACAUCACCCCAGAGGCCACACCCGAUGCCCGACCCCGCCCUCUUCCUGGUGCCACUCAGGUACCGCCUCCUCCGCUUACGCCAGCCAAUCAGAACGCAGGAGGGGGAGGGGCUGGAGGACGAGUGGGAGGAUAUAGAGGACAGCAGGGUGCACAGGAGGGUGGACAUGGGAGCCGGAGAGGGAGAAACUGCUCUGUGACAGACAUAAAGAAAAAGACAAAGUCUUCCAGCAGGUUCGACUCGACAUCGGAUGCAGAUUAUUCUAGAAAAGACGUGAUAAGCUUGUGAUUGCUGUAGAUUUCAGGAAGUUAGAUAUUUAGAAGUUAGUUAACAUGAGAGCGUGUAAGCAAACCUACACAUUAGGAAAAUUUGUCACAUUGAUUGUACAAGAAAAUGUGAAGAAGUGAAGACGGAGCAGUGGUACGGUUUCUAACAGAUGCCUUUUUCAGUUUCGCACUGUCGAUCACGGCUUUUUACCUGUAAUAAAAAGCCUCGCUUCGAAGUCUGUGAACACUUUACACCGUACUGUUCAAUGUGGCGGCCUGCUUUCUCACUGCACAGCUGCAUUUAUAUGGAGGACCAAUGAUGGCCAAAUGAAAAAAUAAAUAAAUGACCCAGUAAAUACAUUAAUAGGCCAUUAAAUGUACCAAAGGUGAUAUUACAAAUAAAUGUAAGUAUUCAUUGUUUGAUAAAAUAUAAAAUUAACGUCACCUAUAAGCCAAUCAAAUAAAUGGUACCAAAAAUGAUAAUAAAAAUAAAUAUAGGCAUUUUUUUUUUUUUUUAUCAAAUGGGACCAAAUUUGAUGUUUAUGUUUAAAUUUGCUUAUUUAUUUAUUUACCUUUGAAUAAUUCCCCUAUUAUUCUUUGUUCUUAUUGCCCUUGUAUUUAUUGAUUUAUUAACAUUUAUUUUUUAUUAAUUUGUAACAUAUUUAACAUAAAUAUUCCUUGUAGUUAUGUUUUUAAAGUUUUGAAGAGUUUAGGACGACACGCUUUAAAUUAAAGAAAUAUAUGAAGAAAACAAUACAGAAACAUAUUUUGGGGAAAUAAAUUGAGGGGAAAAAUGCACGGAAAAUAACAAAACAAAUGAAUACAUUUAAAUAAGUAAAUAGAAAAUACAAUUAAAAAAAUGAAAAUAAAUGCAAAACAUAUAAAUACAUUUUUAAAUAAAUAUAAAUAAGAUGGAGGAAAAUAAAUACAUAGAUAGACAUAGAUCUACAAAUAUAGAAAUAUCAAUUUAUGUCACAUUAUAAAUUACUUAAUGCCUGAAUGUACUUUUUUUUAUAUAAUUUGUGGUACAUUAAAUGGCAUAUUAAUUAAUUCAUCAUUUAUUUAUUAUUUAUUUUGGCAGCUUCAGGCCUCUGUACAUUCCAGGAUUGUAAGGUCACUCUAGAAGGCUUAGGGACUUUUUGUAUGAGUUGCACUUUAUUAAAUUCAUGCAUUGUGCCUCGUAAUGGCACAGAAGUA